AUGGCAUAUACCGGCCUCACCGUGCCUCUCAUCGUGAUGAGUGUGUUCUGGGGCUUCGUCAGCUUCCUGGUGCCCUGGUUCAUCCCUAAGGGUCCCAACCGGGGAGUUAUCAUCACCAUGCUGAUGACCUGUUCAGUUUGCUGCUGUCUCUUUUGGCUGAUUGCAACUCUGGCCCAACUCAACCCUCUCUUUGGACCACAGUUGAAAAAUGAAACCAUCUGGUACAUCAAGCAUCACUGGCCUUGA